AGUCAAACGUUUGGAACACGUCCAACUACUUAAACAAGUACCUUAUUUUUCUCUAAACUCAUCCAUUUUGGUCAACCUUACAUACUAUACACUCAUCAACAAUUUCCUCUUCCAUCUUUCUUGCUAUUCAUCACAUGAAAUGGUUUCUUUUCUGAGGAAACUAAGAACUUCUUCUGUUCCUUCAAUGGAAACAGAAGAUAGUUUUAGUAGUAACUAUGAAUAUUCUUUUGCUGUUGUAUACAAUGGUCCUCCUCUUGAUCAUUCAAUACCAGAAAUUCCUACUUUCAUGAUUGAUCAAAUUCCUGUAGCAUCUAUAGCUCCUUCUCUUUCUCAUGAUUUCAAUGUACCUGUUAUUCAACCACUUGGUAAACUUCAUCACAAAGUUAAGCAUAAACAUAAAAAAACCACUUCAGAUUCUACUGUUUAUCCAAAUUUAGAAUCUCAUCAUGUAGUUGAAACUGUAACAUCAAAAGUUGAUGUUAAUGAGAAUGAGAAUGUUGUUGAUGAUGUUCCAACAAACUCGGAUACAAUAGAAUCAGGCUCAGGUUCGCGUUCGGGUUUUAGUUCUCCCUCUUGUGAGAUAUGUUCAGUAAGUGAAGAUGAAGAAGUAGUAGUUAGAGCAAAACAUGUUAAGAAUCCGUCUGCGGUUACAUUCCGCGACCCUGAAUCGAAUGACAUGAUACAAACCGAAAGUGACGAGUAUUUUGAUAGUGAAAGUGUACAAUUGAAGCCACAUGCAAUUAGACCAGGAAAAAAAGGGUCUUGUUAUAAGUGUCUUAAAGGGAAUGGUUUAACUGAGAAAGAGGUUUGUAUUGUUUGUAGGGCAAAGUAUUGUAGAAACUGUGUGAUAAGAGCAAUGGGAUCUAUGCCUGAAGGAAGGAAAUGUGUUGGUUGCAUUGGUUAUGGAAUUGAUGAGAAUAAGAGAAGGAAUCUUGGAAAAUGUUCUAGGAUGAUGAAACAGUUGUUGUCUGAGACUAUUGUUGAUCAAGUUAUGAAGGAUGAAAGGUUUUGUGAAGCUAAUCAAAUUCCGCCUCGUCUUGUUCAAGUUAACUUGAAUCCACUUAAUAGAGAAGAGCUUAUGGUGUUGCUUAACUGUAAAAAUCCACCUAAAGAGCUUAAACCAGGAUCUUAUUGGUAUGACAAAGCUUCUGGAUUUUGGGGAAAGGAAGGUCAAGCACCUUGUGAUAUUAUCAGCCCCCAGUUGAACGUUGGCGGUCGCUUGCAGAGAAACGCAAGCAAUGGAAACACAAACAUCACCAUAAAUGAUCGGGAGAUUACAAAAAACGAGCGGCGGAUACUAAAGCUGGCAGGAGUGCCAUGUGAAGGAACUCCUAACUUUUGGGUGAAUCCUGAUGGAUCGUACCGUGAAGAAGGGCAAAAGAAGGAUAGGGGAUGCAUAUGGGGAAAGGCUCCAGCAAAGGUUGCUUGUGCUAUUCUGUCACUGCCGGUUCCUUCAAAAUCCGUGACACUUAACAGUGAAGGUGAAUCAGCUAAGAAACCAAGCCUUCAUCACAAGUCACUUCAAAAAUUUCUACUUGUUGGUUGUGUAAAUUCUGGAGCAUGUACUAUAUUUAAACAGGCCAAGCUGUUGUAUAAUGCUCCUUUCUCUGAAAAUGAGCUUCAAAAUAUCAAGUUCGUGAUUCAAAGCAACCUGUUUACCUACCUUGGUAUACUGCUGGAGGGACGCGAGGAUUUCGAAGAAGAGUGUUUGCUAGAGAAUAGGAAAAGAUUGCCUUCUGAUGAGUCCUCAUCAUCUGCAGGGAAUUCUAGUGAAAAUGUUGAUACAACACCCUAUUCAAUUGGUCCAAGACUGAAAGGUUUCUCAGAUUGGUUACUCAAAUGCAUAUUGUCAGGUAACAUGGAUGCAAUAUUUCCAGCUGCUAUGCGCGAAUAUGGGCCAAUGGUAGAGGAUUUGUGGAGGGAUGAGGCGAUUCAGGCGACAUACAAUAGGAGAAAUGAACUCAAAAUGCUACCAAGAAGUGCCAACUAUUUUCUUGACAGGGCUAUUGAGAUUUCAAAGAUAGAUUAUGAACCCUCUGAUAUGGAUAUCUUAUAUGCUGAGGGGAUAUCAUUAUCCAACAGCCUCACAUCAAUGGAAUUUUCAUUUCCUAAGUCAAGCAGAGAGGAGUCUUUGUAUCCUGAAUAUCAACAUGAUUCUUCUCUCAGAUACCAACUCAUUAGAGUACAUCCAAAUAUCCUUGGAGAAAACUGCAAGUGGUUGCCGAUGUUUGAAGACACGGAUGUUAUUUUGUUCUCCGUCUCCUUAACCGACUAUGAUGAGUACAUUAUAGACAGUAAAGGAGUUUCUACAAACAAAAUGUUGGCAGCAAAAAACCUAUUUGAAACUAUCAUAGCUCAUCCAGAUUUCAAGAAGAAGAAAUUUGUUUUAAUACUCACCAAAUUUGAUCUUCUUGAGGAAAAGAUCGAACAUGUUCCCCUAACAAGGUGUGACUGGUUUUGUGAAUUCAAUCCGGUUAGAAGUAACAAUAACAAAAAAUGUGGUAACAAUGGAACUAUGCCUUCAUUAGCUCAAAGUGCUUUUCAAUACAUUGCUAUCAAGUUUAAGAGAUUGUUCCAUUCGUAUACCGAAAGAACUCUAUUUGUUUCUUUGGUUACUGGAUUAGAACCUGAUACGAUCGAUGAAGCUCUUCGAUAUGGCAGAGAGGUUAUUGAAUGGGAAAAAUGGGAUCCUUCUAUUGUUAAUGAUAAAUCUGAGAUGACUUCAACAACUAAUGGAGAUGCAAGUACUUCAUAAUGUUUUCUCCAUUUAAUGUAUAAAGAAUCAUAACAUUUAUGUAAAGUCCAUAGAAGAGUUCAUGAAUUCACAUUUCACAUAUAGAGGUGAAUAAGUGAUAAUUCAAUGAGGGUUCAUAAAAUUUUGACCAUAGUUUUAUUAGGUGGAACCCCAAAUAUUUAAUUUUGCAUUAGAAAAUUGCCCUUUAUUUGUAUUUUUUUUUACAAAAUUCUAAUGUACAGAAACAUUGAAAGAUGUAAGAGAGAAAAUACUUUUCUUUUGUUCUU